AUGCCGUCUGAGGUUGAAAUUGUGGCAAAUAGAGAUGAAGAUGAGAAUGAGAUUACUGAAGAGUCCAAAAAUGCUACAGAGCAAGAAGAGGAGAUAACCCAAAAAGCUUUGGAGCAAAUGCCUGGGUAUGCAAAGUUUCUGAAAGAUUUGGUGACUAAGAAGAGGGCUUUUAGUUUUGAGAAUGAUGAGAUGUUGCAACAUUGCAAUGCUAUUGCUACUAGGUCACUUAUGCAGAAGAAAGAGGAUCCUAGUGCUUUCAGUAUUCCUUGUACCAUUGGGUUGUUGCAUUUUGCGAAGGCAUUAUGUGAUUUAGGUGCUAAGAUUAUUCUGAUGUCAUUGUCUAUCUACAAGAAGUUGGGUUUAGGGGCUCCAAAACCGACUGCGAUGCGACUACUCAUAGCCGAUAGAACUGUGAAGAAGUCCAUUUGUGUUCUCCAAGAUGUCCUCAUGAAAGUGGAGUCGUUCAUUUUUUCGGCUGAUUUUGUGAUACUUGAUUGUGAGAUUGAUCUUGAGGUUCCCACCAUCCUAGGGAGAUCAUUCCUUGCUACUGGGCGCACCUUGGUCGAUAUGGAGAGAGGGCAGAUGAAGUUUCGAUUGAAUAGUUCUGGUGUUUCUAUUGAAGAGAGGUUGGGUGUUGAUGCACUGGCAGCAAUAAUGAUGAAUUUUGAGGGUGAUGGUACUGAAGACUAUGAUGAAUUAUUUGCCGCACUUGAUAGGUUCGAAUUUCGUUCCAAACCAAAGAAAUUAGAGUUAGAUAUGAAGAAUCGCGACUCUCCACCCGCAAAACCGUAUGUGGAUGAAGCUCUAAAAUUGGAGCUUAAGGCUCUACCAUCACAUUUGAGGUAUGUACUCUUGGGGAGAGAUGGUGCACUAGCAGAUGAUGGAGCAGGUCCAGUUUUAUUUUGUGUAAAGGAUGACCAGUUUGCAGUACCGACCUUUUGCUACCCGGACUCAUUACCACUUGUCUUAGCCUUCUUGCUAUGA